AUGACAUUGGAUUCAAAACAGCCGUCUCAUAUUUUGAAUGAUUCAAAGGUGUUAAGCGAAUUGGAACAUAUUCAUAAUGAUUUGAUUAAUAAAUCAAACUUGUCUAAGAAUAAUAAUAAAAAUAAAUCAAAAAAAGUAUUGAACGGUGCAAAUAAUGCGAAUUUAAUCCAGGCAUUAUUGAAUAAAGAUACUUUUGUCUCUGGAGAUUUAGAGAUGAUGGCGUUAUUUAAUACUGGUUUGAUUAACACUCAGAAUUAUAAAGACGAUUCAGAUCUUUUAAUAUCAAUGAAUGAACAUCUAUUGGACUCCUGUAAACAACUGAAUUUGACAAAUAAGAAAUUGACCGCCGACCUAGGUAAGCUUAAAAAUGAUGAUGAUACUAUGACAGAAAUAGAAUCCCUAAAGAAGGAAUUGACUCUUUUGAAACAACAAUUAGAUUCACCUAGUUUAUUGUAUUUGGUUUCAAAGGCAAAAUCACAUAACCAAACCCUCCUGUCUGAUAAGGAUUAUAACGAAAUGUAUUCAACUAUUCAAAAUCCAUCCCUAAACUUUUUGAUGGAGAAGGCUAAACCAUUGGAUCAACUAGUUGUACCUGUCUCUGAAUGUCAAGCAUUAGAAAGAAAAAUUGAAUCACCAAGUUUGUUAUAUUUAAUCCAAAAGGCUAAAGGUCAAGGUUAUACAGUGAUCUCUGAUACAGAUUAUUAUAAUUUACAAUCAUCGAACGAGAAACCAUCCUUACAAUACUUGAAGGAGAAAUCAGAAUCCGAGUAUUCCCAUAUAUUGCUUCCUAAUGAAACUUAUGAUGAAAUGACUUCAAACAUUGAAUCGCCAAGUUUGUUGUAUUUGAUACAAAAGGCUAAAUCACAAAAGCAUACUAUCAUUUCUGAUAAAGAUUACGAUAUGAUGUAUUCAACUAUAAAAAAUCCUUCUUUGGAAUUCUUAACUCAAAGGGCCAAUGAAUUGAAUCAAACUAUGAUUCCAAAAUCUGAUUUUGAAAACUUAGGUGGUAGUAUUGAAUCUCCAAGCUUAUUGUAUUUGAUACAAAAGGCUAAAUUACAAAAACAUACUAUCAUUUCAGAUAAAGAUUACAAAUCAUUAAUGGAUACAUGUUAUUCUCCUAGUUUAUUGCAUUUAAUUGAAAAAGCAAAAGUUCAAGGGUAUGUUAUAAUAUCUAAGGAGGAUUAUUCGUGGAUGUAUGAGACUACACAAUCACCCUCAACAGAGUUUUUAACCACGAAGGCAGGUGAAAUGGGAAAUACCUUGAUCUCAACGAGCGAAUAUCAGGAAAUGAAAUACAAUGCUAAGUCACCAUCAUUGCUGUACUUGAUUCAAAAGGCAAAAUCUCAACAUUAUACCAUUAUAUCUGAUGACGAUUACAACACAAUGUAUUCUAUUACCGAGUCACCUUCCCUGUCAUUUAUUAAAGAAAAAGCUACGUCGUUAGAACAAGUUGUUAUUCCUAGUGAUGAAUAUCAGGCAAUGCAGGACGUUGUUACGCAUCCACCACUAACCUUCUUGUCGAGUAUGGCUCUAUUGCAAGGCUACCAAGUGAUCGCAGAUGAUUCGUAUGAUCAAUUGAAACAUCCCUCCCUUGAUAAACUUGAAGAAAUAGCAAAGGGUAAUGGAUAUAAAAUGUUAUCUUUGCAAAACCAAGAUGGUACUGCAAUAACAUUUACUGAAGGUAGUGAUGUCUCUGAGGAAGCAUUGAUCGAACAAGCUGAAAAGCUUGACUUUGUAAUAGUGCCAAAGGAAAAAUUUGCUGAGUUGAAUAUGAAAUUAGAAAAUCCCAUAUUAACGAAGGAUCAAAUAAUCGAACAAGCCAAGCUGAAUAAUAUCGAAAUUCAAGAUUUGGUAACACAGCACAAGGGUGUAUCGCAUAUGAAUUAUGACGACGAAUAUGACAUUACACAAGAGAAUAUUUGUGAUGAUAUUACAAAUUUAAGGUCAUCUGCAAAGAGUUAUGGUAUGUUAUGUGUCCCUGAAACAUCCUUUGUGGCGACCUCUCGUGACACUACACCUGAUGAGAACAAUAUUGUUUUAUUACCUAAAUCUUAUUUUAAUAGUCUACUCGAGAAUGCAAACCUUAAUCUAAAUGAUAUCCAUGAUGAUGAUCUUUUGAGGGAAGUAGAGACUAGAAGAUUACAGAAACCUUUGGUCGAAAAUUUCACAGCAUUUUCAUCCCCAAAUACCAGUAAUUCAGAUGAAGAACGUUCAAUUACACCAUCCUCCAAAAAUUAUACUACACAUGUUUCAACUAAGGUAAAUGUAGGUACAAGUGGUAGAAAUUCCAUUAAUGCCAUACCUUCCAAUGGCACUACUCGUCGUUCUUUAUCUAUCUCUAAUUUUAAUCUAAGAAGCCCUAGAAGAGGUAAAGGGGUAAGAACUUCUACCUCUGUAGAUGGAGCAGUAUCGUUAGCUGCAAUGGCAUAUGUCGGUGAUAGUAACAAUAUUGUCUCCGCUAUUUCUCAAACAGUUAUUGGUGAGUUUGUCUACAAAUAUUUCAAUAGAUUAGGUUCUUUUGGUGGGGGUGAGACACGUCAUAAGAGAUAUAUGUGGAUUCAUCCUUAUAGUUUGACACUAUAUUGGUCAGAAAGUAAUCCAGUAGUGGAGGAUCCAUGGCAUCGUAAGACAAAGGGGGUUUCUAUUCUUAGUGUGCAGAGUGUGGUUGAUAAUACCACCGGUCCAACGAAAUUAUACAACAAGAGUAUUGUUGUAACAACAAGAGAGAAGAAGAUUAAAUUUACUUGUGUUGAUAAACAAAGACAUGACGUUUGGUACAACGCCUUGAAAUAUUUGAUUCAAAGAAAUACGGAUGGCAUUGACUUAAAGGAUGUCUUUGGAAAUCCAAAUGAUGAAUUAUAUUCCGGUAAUAUUUUAUCGUUACCUAAUGAAGUUCAUCAUAAUACCAAUACAUCUGUAAUGCAUUCACAGACUGUCCGCAGUAGAAGAAGCUCUAGACGUUCUUCUCUCUCAAAGUUUCUAAGAUAG